GGACAGUUUACCGGAAACACCUCAGCACACCGUAGGAUGGUUCAUAUCGCAGAUGAACCAUGAACCCAGAAUGUGUUGAAGCGUGAUAGUUUCCUUCGUGAGGUUCUUGUGUGGAGGGUGGGAAUGGACCAUAAGCAGGUGCUGUCUCUCCUCCUCUUAGCGGCGGUGUGGCUGCCCCCCUGCGGCGGGACCCCGGAGCGGGACGGAGGGGGCUGGGCAUCGGGGUCAGAGGUCGGGCUGCAGGACGAGGGGCCGUGCUCCAUCGACGUGCUCGACGCCGCUUCCCUGACGCACCGCCAGUUCAUCGAGCGUUACGCCUACACACGGCCGGUCAUCCUCACCGGGAUCACGGACAACACGAAGUUCAGGUUAUUGUGUUCCAAGACCAAUCUCCUGGGGUCGUUUGGAGAUCGGAGCAUAAGGCUGAGUACGGCCAACACACACUCUUACAAGAAAGUGGACGUGCCGUUCCGGGAGUACGUUGACGUCCUGCUGAAGCCUCAGUCCGCCGACGCCCUGGGCAGCGACACUCUGUAUUUCUUCGGAGACAACAACUUCACGGAGUGGAGUCCCCUGUUUGACCAGUACCAGCCCCCCCCCUACGGGCUCCCCGGGACCACGGCCGCCUACAGCUUCGGGGUCGCAGGACCUGGUUCCGGCGUUCCAUUCCACUGGCACGGGCCUGGCUUCUCAGAGGUCCUCUACGGGAGAAAGCGCUGGUUCCUGUACCCCCCGGACCAGGAGCCCCACUUCCACCCCAACCGGACCACCCUCUCCUGGCUGCAGGAGACCUACCCCGUCCUGCCCCCGGAGGAGGCGCCCCUGGAGUGCACCAUCCGCCCCGGAGAGGUGAGGGCGGACCCCCCCCCCCCCCCCCCACCAUCACCCCCUCACCCCCACCAUCACCCCCUCCUCUGCUGCUCGACCCCCAGGUUCUGUUCUUCCCCGACCGCUGGUGGCACGCCACCCUCAACCUGGACACCAGUGUCUUCAUGUCCACGUUCCUGGGGUGACUUCCAGCGCUGCAGAACCAGUGUGAACCCGCUGCUCAGGAGAACAAGACGUCUUCCCACGAGUUGUUUUCUGGGACCGACCAAAGACAACACACCGACUGGAACCUUAAAGACAUACCACCAGAGCAGAACCAUCCCGUCUGUGGUUCUGCUGCUUUUCUGGACCAAUAAAGACAAACCUCUUGUGACCAAAUGAUCUAAUGAACCAACUGUUCCAUGCUCCUGAACUGUGAGGAGACUCAGUGAGUGCAGCUGGGUUCAUCUCCCAGGAGGCACUGACUCAUACUGGUGAUUCAGGGUUCAUGGUUCUAGCAGAAGUACGGCUGAUGUUGUAAUGUGAUGAUACACGGGUACUAUGUCUGUGAAGGGUUCAAAUCAAUUAAAUCCAUCCUUCCACAUUUGGCUUUCCUGCUCACUGGGAAGGAAGAAAUCCCAGAACUAAGACUGAACCCCAGGAAGACUUAACCCAAGCAUGACCUAACCCAAACAAACAUGACUUAACCCCAACAUGACCUAACCCUAACAAUAAUUCAUAAAAACACCACUGAUACAUUAA